UGUUUCUGCGGUCUAAAGUGCCCUCUUUAUUGGCUAUAGUGGAGCACUGGAGCCAUGAGUGAUGGGGAGAUGAUAGAGCUGCCCCUGAGCCAGGGCAAGUUUGAGCAGAUUUGGGGGCACCUAGGAUUUGGUGAGCUGAUCAAGGAGCUGCCUCGUACAAACAGUGAUGCUUGGCUUACUGCUGCAUUGCCCGAUGGCCCUGCUUUCACAGAUGGCUUUGACCUGGAUCUCCCAGAGAACACUGACACUGCUGUUCCUGCACCUGAUGUGGCCCCAGUUGUGGACAACCUCCCACCUCCUGCAACUGUAGUGCCCUCCAUCUCUGACUAUCCUGGGGAAUAUGAUUUCCAGUUACGCUUUAAUCAGUCCAGCACUGCAAAGUCAGCCACAUCCACAUAUUCUCAGCUACUGAAUAAGCUGUACUGUCAGCUUGCAAAAACAUGUCCUGUGGAUGUGCUGGUGGGCAGAGAACCACCUAAUGGUGCCAUGCUGAGAGCCACAGCAAUUUAUAAGAAAUCGGAGCAUGUUUCUGAGGUGGUAAUCCGCUGCCCACACCACCAGAGUGUUGCUGAGAAUAACGAAGGUAUUUCUCACCGUAGUCAUCUCAUCCGUGUGGAGGGUAGUCAAAAAAUACAGUACCACCAGGAUCUAAACACCAAGAGGCAUAGUGUGACGCUGCCUUACGAGUCCCCGCAGCUGGGUUCAGUGGUAACCACCAUACUACUGAAUUUCAUGUGCAAUAGCAGCUGUAUGGGUGGGAUGAAUAGGAGGCCAAUUCUCACCAUACUGACCCUGGAGACAUUCGACAAACAGGUCCUUGGUCGCCGAUGUUUUGAAGUUCGAGUGUGUGCAUGUCCAGGCCGUGACCGCAAAACGGAGGAAGACAACCUGAAAAAGAUUAAUGGGGAGAUGGUUCCUAGGACAAAGAGAAAGCGUCAGGUUUCUGAUCAGUUAAAAGAGCCGCUCCCUGCUGCUGGUCUUGCGUGCAAGAAGAUCAAGGCUGACUCCAGUUCUGACGAAGACCUCUACGUUCUUCAUGUACGGGGCAAAGAGCGUUUUCAAAUGCUGAAAACUAUAAACGCUAGUUUGGAGCUUAUGCACAUGAUGCCUGUUGCUGACCAAGAAAAGUACAGACAAAAACGACACGCCUCAAAACAUGAUCAAUCCUGUCUGCAGCCGAAGAGUGGCAAAUCUUAAAAGAUUCAGAAUAAAUGGCUUUUUAAAAUGUUAUUUUAUAUGCACAAAAAAAAUCUGUGUUCUGCUUCUCGUUGUUCUGAAGGUGGGGUAACCUGU